AUUGUCAGUGAUGUACACAAAAUGCGCACUUUUGAACAGUCCGUCGCCGAAUGCAGAAUACUGGGCGGAAGUCUGGCUGCCAUCAACUCUAAUUUCGAACAGGACGCAAUUACGGCAAUGAUGUCUGGCCAACAUCUUCCGGUCUGGAUUGGGCUUCGCAUGCGGGAUCACCAGCAUGCCUGGAUUCAGAAUACACCAAUAAUUUACACAAAUUGGGUGGACAAUGAACCGUUGUGGCACAACAAGAACCUGACCCGUCGGACGUCCAACCUGACGGAUGAUGUCAGCGCAGCCUGCAACAGCCUCCACGCUGGUGCCGUUCCGGCUGUGCCACAUUCGGCCGGUGAUGUGGCCUUCAUGCGCUACCUUGCUGCUGCCAACUAUUCAACCAACACUGCAACGGCAGAUAAGACCACUUUUUGGAUUGGCCUGAAACUGAACACUACAGAGCUCAUUCUCCGGUCAGAUGACAAUAGAGAGAUGGGCGCGCCUGUCUACCUCGACUACGCGGCGCUCUUUGAAGAAAUGGCACGGGCCGGCAACAGCGAAAAUCUCUGUUUUGCUCUCGUCUCCGGAAAACCCGUAUAUGAGGCCAAGCCCUGUAACCACACCGGGCCGGCUAUAUGCUCCUACCUUUUGGGUGAGUGUAUUAUUUUAUUAUCUUUUAUUUUGUGGCACGUUCUUUUCAGCGACGUGGUCUGGGAGGCCACCAUCUGA